AUGGCAGGCCGUUUGGACAUGGAACAGAUUGUGCAAAAGCUGAAGUCAGAGCGCGGAGAAGAAAUCACGGAAGCCUUGCAGACCUUGAUUGCAUAUGAGUCAGACUCAACCAGGCUCAAGGAAAGAAGAAUUUUGCAGGAGCUCACACUCAUAGAGAACGGGAGAGUGUACGUGAAGCUGCUGAAGCAGAUGUUUUGCUGUCCGCCAGAUAAGGACGCAAAGGAAGAGCAGGAAAGAUUGGGAUUCACUGAGCUUGACGGGGCUCACCUAAGAGGUUCAUCCACCCGAGCGCUUCUGCACAUGGCUCGAUCCAAGGUCGUGGCCGACUUCUUGACAGCACACUCUGGAGCGAAAGAGAUGCUGCACAACGUUCUUCUCACAAUUCUCGAACAAAAGAUCAUCUCGAAAAUGGAUCAGGGGUCAAGCAGUGUCGAUCUUCACCUGGUGCUGGACGUCUUCUUGGGCUUGGUUUCUUUCGUGCGGACCAGCAGGGAGUUCAGGAGCAUCAUUAUCUCUCGCGGCGAGAUCAUUCAGGCCGCUAAGUGGAUCUUUAGCCCUGGAUUCUCAGCAAUGGCAGAUCCAGCAGCUGAAGUGUUCUUCCUCAGAGAAACCAUAGCUCUCUUUCUGUCGAUGGUGUCAAGAUACCCGGAAACCCACGACUGGUUGAUUGAUCAGGGGAUAGUAGAACUUGCCUCCCAGAUGUACAAGAUGCAGGAAAAGACGCCGGGAGAAUCCGGGGAUAGGAUCAAGAGACACAUUCCCCUCUUCUUCUCCAACAUCAUCUGGCAGGAGAAUGGCAGAAGAAGGCUCAGAGAAACCGGGGCUUUCAGCAAGCUGUCAGAGAUUUCCGCCCUGAUUCAGAAGGCACACAGAUUCGUUCCUUUGUGGAUGCUCUUUGAAAAGGUCCUGCGCGACGGAGAGGAUUCGUGGCUAGGAGAGCCAGUCAUUCUGAAAAUGCUCGGGAAGAUGCUGAAAAAGGAAAUUGGAGACGCAGCCCAAGAAGCAUCAGAAAGCUCACUGGCCUACGCACAAGGUGGUAUGCCGUCCGCUGGACAGCAGCCUGGUCAAAUUCCGCUGGACCUUAGAUGA